AUGCCACCCACCCGCCGCCGCACCGGCAACACCUCCGCCGCAAACCAAUCCACCCUCUCCUUCGGCUCCAGCGCCAGAGUCACCAAACCUAUAGCCCAAACCCCGACAUCCCAAAAAGCAAAAACUCUAGAACCAGCCGCCUCCGUCGUCCCCGAGGAGCACAAGCCCGAAAAGCCCCAGCCAUCAAACGACGUCGCAGAACCGCAGCAGAUCCCGGUAACCCCCGCAGAGCCAUCGAAGCCUCAUACAGCAGAACUUGCAGUUCGGGGACAGGCGAAGGUUGAGACGAAGGAGACGCCAUGGGGAGAGGAGGAUAAGAAAGCGUUGAAGGUUUCGGAGAAGGAUUUGGUAAGGUAUUGGAAGAGUGAGGAGGAGGGGAGAAGGGCGCCGAGAGUGCAUCAGGAAAAUCUUGGUCUUCAUGAGAAGAUUCUGAGGCAUUUUGAUCUGUCGAGCCAGUAUGGGCCGUGCAUAGGAAUCGCUCGAAUUAAGCGCUGGAGACGUGCGAAUAUGUUGAACCUCAAUCCUCCUCUGGAGGUUUUGGCGGUGUUGUUGAAGCAUGAGGAUGAUGUGAAGCAGAGGGCGUAUAUGGACGAACUUAUGUCGUGA